GGCGGCUUCUCCCUCCCCUCCCGUCGCGUCGCCUCGCCGGCGCCACGUCCGCUCCGAGCAGUUUUUGGUUGCAGCCUCUCGGCCGGUGCGGUUGAAUUGCCGCCGCGCCCGAUUGCUUGCAUUGCAUUGCAUGCAUGCAUGCAGUUCGAUCGAUUGGUUCGUUGUUUGAUUGGGUUGGUUCUGGCGAUCCCUUUGGAUUAACCGAUCGUUGAUGCGAGCGCUGGUUUCCCAAUGGCGAACUGCGUGCGCUGCUGCUGCUGGCUCCUGGUGCUGGCGCUCAUGGCGCUCGCGGUCACCGCCGCCGUCGUGUUCGUCCGCUACAAGAACGGCGGCCAGGGCUUCCCCUUCCCCGGCGUGCCCGGCGCCGUCGACCACAAGUACACCGACGCGCUCGGCGUCGCCCUCCAGUUCUUCCAGGUCCAGAAAUCCGGCAAGCUGGUGAACAACACGAUCCACUGGAGAGGCGACUCGGCGCUGGACGACGGCAAGGAGGCCGGGCUGGAUCUCUCCAAGGGGAUGUACGACGCCGGCGACCACAUGAAGUUCGGUUUCCCGAUGGCGUUCACGGCCACCAUGCUGUCGUGGUCCAUCCUCGAGUACGGCGACGCCAUGAGCGCCGCCGAUCAGCGCGACUCCGCCAUGGACGCGCUCCACUGGAUCAUGGACUACCUCGUCAAUGCGCAUCCCUCCGACGAUGUCCUAUACAUCCAGGUUGGUGAUCCCAAGGCGGACCACAAGUGUUGGGAGCGGCCGGAGAAGAUGGCGGAGAAGAGGCCGCUCACCAAGAUAACACCUAAAUCCCCCGGGAGCGACGUGGCGGCGGAGACGGCGGCCGCCAUGGCCGCGGCGUCGCUGGUGUACAAGCCGACGAACGCGACGUACGCGUCGUCGCUCCUGGACCACGGCGAGCGGCUGUUCGCCUUCGCCGACAAGCACCGGGGCUCCUACACCCGCACCUUCCCGGAGCUGAGCGCCUACUACAACUCCACCACGUACCAGGACGAGCUCCUCUGGGCGGCGAGCUGGCUCUACCACGCCACCGGCAACCACAGCUACCUCGCCUACGCCACCGGCAAGAACGGCAAGGACUUCGCCGACCUGGGCAACCCCAGGUACUUCAGCUGGGACGACAAGCGCGCCGGAACCGAGGUUCUUUUGUCGAGGGUGAGCUUCUUUGCGUCCCAAGAAUCUGAUGUUGCACAAGACAAUGUUCUCGGGCAGUACAAGCAGACUGCUGAUGCUGUCAUGUGCAUUCUCCUGCCUGAUUCAGAGACCGCCGCUUUCAGAACAGAAGGGGGUUUGCUGUACGUCGCCGAGUGGAACUCACUCCAGCACCCGGUGGCGUCCGCCUUCCUCGCCGCGGUGUAUAGCGACUACAUGCUGACGUCGGGGAAGACGGAGCUGAGCUGCGGCGGGCAGAGCUUCUCGCCGGCCGACCUUCGCAAAUUCGCCAAGUCCCAGGCGGAUUACGUGCUGGGAAGCAACCCGAUGAAGAUAAGCUACCUGGUCGGGUACGGCGACCGGUACCCGCAGCGGGUGCACCACCGCGGCGCGUCCAUCCCGGCGGACGUCGACACCGGCUGCGACGGCCACAAGUGGCUGGAGUCGUCCAAGGACAACCCCAACGUGGCCACCGGCGCGCUCGUCGGCGGGCCGUUCAAGAACGACACCUUCUCCGACAAGCGCGACAACGUGAUGCAGAACGAGGCCACCACCUACAACAGCGCCCUCGUCGCCGGCUUGCUCUCCGCGCUCCUCUCCACCUCCUCCCUCGCCAAGUCCCUCUCGUGAUUCCUAACCAUCCGCUCAAUUUCAUAGUGCAGUUUCAGCUACUUGUGCUGUCGUCGUCUGUCCAAAUCCUGAGCUCAAACUGAACAGGAAAUAGUAGAAAAGGGUAUUGGAGUGUAUCAUGGAAGUAGUAAGUGAUCUGUAUGUGAAAGGUUAAUUAGUACUACUAGUAGUUACUAACAAGAAUAAUCAUUAGGAACUAGUAUCUGUCUUUGUUGAAUUGAUGCUGAUGAUAGUAUGAUACUCCUAUUAUCUUUGAGGUUCUGAAUUAUUUUAGCACA